CCGUGCCGGGGCUGUGCGGGCGCGAGCAUCCUCCGCAGCGCAGCAGCGCCCUGGGCUGUCGCUCCGCCGCUGGGAGUGGGACGGCCCCCGUCCCCGCGCUCCUCUCCUCUUUUUUUUUUCUUUUUUUUUUGAGCGCACCGAGCAGCGGAGGUGCCAUCCUGCCGCUCCAGUCCAGCUCCAACGCUCCACGCGGACUGUGCGCACGCGAUUCCGCCGAGUCCACGAGCCGCGCUGCGUCCCGCUGACAGAAGCCUCCGCCGGGGAUUACUUUUCCACAUCUGCAGGUGUGAGGUUAUACAAGGACAUCUGGCCGACCCGCUACACCAGCACACCCAACAUGAUCAGAGCACCUCUCGCUGUCGUUUGUCUCGCUCUCCUCCUGCUCCUCCUGCCCUGCGUGUGCUGGGCCAAGCCGAACGGAUCAAAGAACAAGAAACCAAAGCAAGUCGUUCCAGCCAUUGAGUGUGACGUCAGAGCGGGGAAGGUCAAUCUCCCAGAGUUCAUAGUGAAAUGCCCAGCGCACUGCAAGGAGACCAAGCAGCAGGUCUACGGAUCGGGAGUGUUCGCCUCCAUCUCCAGCAUCUGCAACGCCGCCAUCCACAGCGGAGUCAUCAGCAACUCGGGCGGCAAGGUGAUCGUGAGGAAGCUGGCUGGGCAGAACGUCUACACGGGCAGCAGCUCCAACGGGGUGCGCUCCCUCUCGCUGCCCAAGUGGAGGGAGUCGUUCGUCGUCUCAGUGGGGAAGCCAAAGAAAGGAGUUAUCUACCCUUCCACUCUGGACUAUGCUCCCUCAAGACCCACCUACGUGAAAACAAGUCAAAAGGACUCCAGGUCCCCUGCGGCCACCACGGCCCUGCCUGCGACAACCGCGCCCGAACCCACCGCCACCACCACACCGGAGCCCACCACCACCACAGCCGCCACCACGACCUUGGCGCCUACAACCACGACCGCCGGCACCACAGCGCCACCUCCACUGCCGACCACCACCGCCAAACCUCGCGCUGCAGUCCACAAAGUCAGGGAUGCGGGCAGCAGUCACCCGUACUUUGCCUCUGUUGCAGCAGCCGCCAGUUCAAGGCAGUCAAAGCAUGGUCCAGGAAAUGGUCCCAGCCAAGUAUUCAGAGGAAGUGCCUAUCCGAAUAGAUAUUCCCAACGUGCCAAUCCAGGUUUGCGCAGGCCGGAGGCAGGGUCUGCUGUCAGAAGACAGCCAGCUUCUCCUGUUGGCUCAGCUUUCAACAGGGUUCAGCCAGCACUACCCGAGAGGACCCCUAAAGUUGGCCAGUCCAGCCCCACUUUUCCCAGAAGGGACUGGCCGCCUCCCUCCUUUGGUCGUCCUGAUUGGUUCCCUGGAGCUCGACGACCAGCAGUUGCUGACACCUCCGCCUUGUCUACUGUACAUUCAGAUGUUAGUUACGUAGCUCCAGACUCGGGCUACUCGUGGAGUGAGGGGGACACACCUGAGAUUAUAGCUCGUGAUCACAGGCCCGAUAUGUCAGAGUAUGAGCGCUGGUAUUAUAACUUUGGACCGUACCCGCCUCGUUCCGCCGACUCUGAUGGCAGCCGUAAAGCACCACCGGACACGACCCAUACCAGAGUGGAGCCGGUGGACGCCUGGAAGCCAGACGUGAGCCUUUACGAAUCAGGCUUCAGCGUGAGAGAGCAGGACUCUAUUCCCAGAGCACCAGAGCCCGUGGCUCAGGGAGACCCGAACUGUAAGGUGGACAUUGCCUUUCUGAUGGAUGGCAGCUGGAGCAUCGGGAAGCGACGGUUUAAGAUCCAGAAGGACUUCCUGGCCGAGAUAGCCCAAGUGAUCAACAUUGGCAUGGCUGGACCCAUGAUGGGCAUCAUCCAAUACGGGGAUGACCCGGUGACAGAAUUCAAUCUGAAGACUUAUUCGACCUCCAGAGAUGUGAAGUCAGCUGUAGAUAAGAUCACCCAGAAGGGGGGACUCUCCAAUGUGGGGAAGGCCCUCUCCUACAUUAACAAACAGUACUUCAGUGAUGCGAAUGGCAACCGAGGAGGAGCUCCCAAUGUGGCGGUGGUGUUGGUGGAUGGCUGGCCCACGGAUAAAGUGGAGGAGGCGUCUCGACUAGCCCGGGAGUCUGGCAUCAAUAUCUUCUUUGUCACAAUUGAAGGCCCCGAUGAAAACGAGAAACAUAAUGUUGUCGAGGCCAACUUCGUAGAUAAGGCCGUGUGUCGCACCAAUGGCUUCUUCUCCCUGCCUGUGUCCAGCUGGUUCGGCCUACGGAAGGCGGUGCAGCCGUUGGUGAAGCGCCUGUGUGACACUGACCGCCUGGUGUGCAGCAAGACCUGCCUCAACGCCAAUGACGUCGCCUUUGUCAUAGACGGCUCCAGCAGUGUGGGGACGGGCAACUUCCGCACGGUGCUGCAGUUUGUGGCCAACGUCACACGGGAGUUUGAGAUCUCGGACACCGACACUCGGGUAGGGGCUGUGCAGUACACCUACGAGCAGAGACUGGAGUUCGCCCUCGGCCAGCACGACAACAAGGCAGAGCUGCUGAAUGCCAUCAAGCGCAUCAACUACUGGAGCGGCGGAACCAGCACAGGUGCCGCCAUCACCUACGCCGCCGAGCAGCUCUUCAGCAAGUCCAAACCCAACAAGCGUAAAAUUAUGAUCGUCAUCACGGACGGGCGGUCGUAUGACGACGUCAGGGCACCUGCGCUGGCUGUGCAUCGGCAAGGUGUUAUUGCCUAUUCCAUUGGCAUCGCCUGGGCAGCGCAGGAUGAGCUGGAGUACAUCGCCACCGACCCGGACAAGGAGCAUUCGUUCUUUGUGGACGAGUUCGACAACCUCUACAAAUUCGUGCCCAAGAUCAUUCACAACAUCUGCCAGGAGUUCAACUCCCAGCCCAGGAACUGAGGAGGGCACCAUGGUCCCAUCUUACUUCCCCAAGGACAUGAGGUUCGGGGAACCAGAGAGAGGGAGGGUAAAGCUGGAGGGAGAGCAAGGUGGUGGUGGUGGUGGUGGUGGUCUUAAUCCUGCUCUGUCGCCACAUCUAUCGGGGGCGGUCUUUAAGUAACACUAUUGUAGAUUUACCCAUUCUGUCGCCCAGAUGACGGUACUGGAUUGACCGCAGUGCCGGGUAUUUAAACAGAGAGGUCUUUAGGUGACAAUUGAGUUUAAACAAAAAAAAAAAAAAGUGAUGGAGUUGGGGUUUCAUGGUUGUACAGUCAGGGUUCGUGGUAGAGGGCGGGCAAACACAACACAACACAGCCCAUAAUCGUAAUUAAAGGAAUCCUUGGUGCCAGUGAAAGCCCUCUGUGUAGUUGCGGCACCAUUGUGUGACGGUCAGUGCCAUAGAGAGAACAGGAUGUAUUCUUCUUCGUAAUCAUGCUUAUCAUGACCAACAAAAGUAAAACUACCUUACUGGGACAAGGUGCUUGCAAAGAAACGUAGGUAAUAAGCAUGCCUAGCACUUCCUCUGACAGCUUCACAUACUGCAUACAUUGAAUAUGGUGCCUUUUUUAUAUACAAUUCUCUGUAAAGAGGACACACUUUCUUAGAAUUGGUGCAUUUUGAUCUUCGUAAUAGGAGAUGUAAUCGUAGGGACAUUGUUCAAGUUCCUCACAAGAUAACACAGCGGUGCUGAUUAUUGCUUGCUUUGUUGACAUUAAUCGUUUGGUUGUAGAGAUAAAGUUGACCUGUACGACCAGCAGUAUUUGCUAACAGAUCAAUAUUAAAAAGGCCGCAUUAUGCUUCCUGAUCAACAAUAUGGAACUGGGAAGAGAGUUCUAGAAAGGAGGAUAGGUUGCUCAGUACUUGUACGCAGUGAUGAUCCGGCAGAAACGAGCUUCAUCGCCGCUCUUCUCUAAUAGUGUUGUCGCUUUUUAUGAAGCAGGUAUUUCUUGGUUUUGUUAAGAGUAUUUAUGAUACCCCCCUCCCCUUAAUGUCCUCUGUACAUAUGCAUAAUAAAAGCCUUUUGCCUUUUAAGUGUUCAAAUAUGUAACGGAUCGAUGUUUUCAUGCAAUUUUUAAUAAAAUAAUGAAAAUGAU